AUGCCUCGCUACGCAGAGUCUCACGUCUCUCCUCAAGGCCCCGGCGAUGCCAGACCAACCGCCCUCCAAGUCGUCAAAGACGAGCAGAUGACUGACCAGCUCAAGGGCAAGGUCAUCGUCGUCACCGGCGUCUCAUCCGGUCUUGGUGUUGAGACCGUCCGCGCCCUGGCCACCACCGGAGCUUCCUUUAUCCUCACUGCUAGAGAUCUUACCAAGGCCAAGAGUGCUCUCGGCGACAUCUUUGAUGCGUCACGCAUGAAGCUUGUCGAGAUGAACCAGAACUCGCUCGCUAGCGUUCGGGCUGCGGCAAAGACCAUCCUCGCCGACGCACCCAAGAUUAACAUCCUCAUCAACAACGCUGGAAUCAUGGCUGUUCCUGAUCUGCAGCUCACUGAUGAUGGCCACGAAUCACAGUUUGGCGUUAACCAUCUCUCUCACUUCCUCUUCUUCCAGCUCCUCAAGCCCGCCCUCCUUGCUGGCAGCUCCCCUGACUUCGGUUCUCGCGUCGUCAACGUCUCUUCCGCCUCGCACCGCUUCUGCGGAAUCAAUGCCUCAGACAACUACAGCUUCCAAAAGGGCGACUACGACAAGUGGGUUUCCUACGGCCAGUCCAAGACGGCAAACGUCUACAUGGCCAACGAGCUCGAGCGACGCUACGCAUCACGCGGCCUCCACGGCUGGAGUCUUCACCCCGGCGGCAUCCAAACCGGCCUCAUGAGAUACAUCCCGGAGGAGGAAGCCAAGGCCAUGGUGGCGCAAAUCGGGCCGGAGGUGCUGCAGGGCAUGAAGAGCCCGGAGCAGGGGGCGGCGACGCAGGUUUGGGCGGCGAUUGCGAGGGAGCUGGAGGGUAAGGGAGGGAAGUAUCUGGCUGAUGUUUCUGUGGCUGUGCCUGGGCCGGAUGAUAAGGACAUGUCGAAGCCAACUACGGUGAAGCACACGUAUGACGCGGCGGAGGAGGCGAGGCUGUGGAAGGAUUCGCUCAAGCUUGUUGGCUUGGAGGAUGAUGAGUAG